AUGGAAAAAAUGGAAAUGGUUUCAUCUCAUUUACCUCUUGUAAAAGAUAGAGGUGAAUGGAAUCAAUAAACAUUUAUAAUAAGACCAAAAUUCGAAAAGAAACAACGAUAAAGUAUUGACAAUUAAUUGGAAAUACAGUUUCCAUUACAUAGAGACUUUGACUUUGUAGCUAAUCAUGCUAUGGGUUUUAAAGGAAAAGGAAAUGUGGACUUAUUUAAAUUUUAUUAUAGAUUGUACAUGAAGAAUAAAUUUGCAAUACAGAAAAUUAGAAAAGAAAAGAAAGCCAAAGAUGGAUAAAAAAUGAAUGAAAAAAAUAAAAAAUAAUAACUUAAUUAAACUGAAGAACCAAAUACAGAAGAGAUACGUAAUGCUUACAAAACAAUAUAGAUUAAACCACCAUCUUAACAGAAAUAACUGAAAUUUGUUAGAGAAUGCAUUAAAAAUUUAUAAUAAUAAGCUGCCAUUGUCAAUAAACAUAUAGAAUUACCUAAAUUAGUAUCUCCAUAAACUCAAAUCAAAAUAGUUAAUAUAGAUACAUCUAAAAUUCCUUAAGCUAAAACAAGAGAUUAAUAAUUGGAACUUGAGGAAUUAAUGUUAAGUAGAGUAGUUUAAGCAAUAUAAGAAUCUCAAAUGGUUUCACAUGAAGAUGUAAGAAAGGUAAGAGAAAUCAUUAUGUAACGACACAGUUAAUUAAGUGAGAUGGAAAGAGAAUUAUAAUUAAAUUAAAUUCUUGGAAUAAAAAAAUAAAUCUAUGAGAGAGAGAUGGCAUUAAAGAAUGAACUUAAUAAACCUCCAGGGAUUGAUAAUCCUGAUAAUUUUAAUGAAUUAAGUUCAAUUUAAGAAGUAUCUAUUAUUAGAUCAAUGCAAUUUAAAUCAUAGCCUAAUGUAAGUGUUACUGAAUAUAAAUUUAAUAAUUAUGAAGAUGAACCUGAAUUAGAAGAUAUAACUAAUAAAACUAAAAUAGAUUUAAAAUAAAAAUAAAUAGAAGAAACAAUUAUUUAAGAAUAAUCAACUGAAAUGCAAUCUAUUUUAUAAUAAAUUAGAUCAAGUUCUCUUGUUACAAAAGGAAAUGAAACUGAACAUAGUAAAGAAAAGUUAUAAGAUAAAAAUAAAUUAUUACCAACUUUAAAAUUCUUAGAAUAAGCAAAAUAAUAAAUUGCUCAAAGAUCUGAUAAUAAUGAUAGUUAAUAACUCUAAUAACCAUACUUUUAACCUGAUAUUGAAGAUACUAGUAAAUCUAAGGUUUAAUAAAGUUUAUCUAUGGUAUCAUAACUAUAAAAUAAAACAAGUAAAACCAUUAAAUCUAGUGUCAAUAGAUCUAAUCAAUUGGCAUCUUCAUCAUCUAAUCAUCAUUCUAAUUAGUUAAGUCUUGAAAAGAAAUAAACAGAAACUAUGAGAAAGAGUGCUUACAAAUUAAAUGAAGAAUAGAAAGCUAGAACAUCAGCAAAAGAACUUGAUGUAAGUGAUGAUAUGAAAUUUGAGAGAUAGAAUUAUUAUGAAAUGAAAUUCAGUUAAAUUUUAUAAAGAGUUAUUGAUUAAAAGAAAAUUCAUGGAGGAGAAGAAUCUUAACAUUCUUAAACACUUUCCUAAGUUGAAUCUGAAACUGUUUAAAAAAUAACAUAAAAUUUGGUAUCUAAUAUAAUUAAUAUGCACAAAAAUCCUACUCCAAUUAUGGAUCAACCUUCAACUUUCAAUUACUUAGAUGUUGACUCUGAUGAUUAAGAGAAAGCAACAUAAAGUAUACCUGUUAUGAAAAAUGAAGAUGUUCCUGAAGAAUUACGUAGACAUCUUUCUUACAAUCGAGAUAUUUCUCAUUUAGAUCAUACAUUUAAAAUUGAGAGCCAAGUAUCUCUCUCUGAUAAAAGAUUGAAUGAAGAAUAAAUUGCUAAUAUUAUCUAAUAGAUUUCAUAAUAAUUACAAUAGGCUCAAAUACCUCCUGAUCAAAUUGAAAAAUAAUUAGAUGAAGUCACAAAUAUGUUACUUAAACAUCCUAUUAAUAAAUUAUCAACUAAAUUACUCAAAUAAUCCACAACUAUUCUAUAAAAUGAACCAAAUAGGAAAAUUUAUUUAGAGGAAACUAGAUAUCCAGCUAAACCACCUAAGAUAACUCAUAAUAAAGAUUAAAUUGAUUAUUUAAAAUUUUAUGAAGAAAAUGCUCCAUCAAAAUAAGAAAAAUCAAGGAAAAGUUAUAAAAUUUAAGAUAAUUCUAAAAGAUCCAAAUAAUCUGCUAUGCUCAAAAAUAUGUCUGAAGAUGAAAGAAAACAAUUUUUAGAUUCUCAUAAAAUGAAUCUUUAAGAAAGAGCCAAUUCUUAAGAAAUGGAUGAAGAGUUAUAAUUUUUAUAAUCUGUGAUUGAUGAUUAAAAGAAAUAAAGAGAAUAAAUAUUCACAAAGAAAUUAUCUUAACCAAUUUAAUCAGGUAAGAACACAUCAAGAGAUUAAAUUGAUUUUGAUGAAUCAAGUGAAAAAUAAUAAAAUACAUUUCGAUCUCAUAAUCCACCAACUAAUAUAAAUUAUGAAUCUGAUUAAAUUAAAUAAGGAUAAACUGAAACCAAUUUUAAUAUAAGAAGACCUUAAAUCAAAUAAAAAACAGAUUAAACUUUCAAUAAAUCUGAUAAUGCUUAACAAUUUUAAAUCUCAAGUUAAUAAGGUACUUAAAGAUCAGAUCCAUAUAAAAGUAAGUCUAAAAGAUCAAAUCAGGAUGAUUAAUAAGCAUAUUAAUAUGAAGGAUCAUAAUAAUCUUAUGGAACUUAUAAAAGUUAAAAAUAAGGUAAUAGGGAGAGUAGUGAUAAAGAUAAUGAAAAUAAAGAAAUUUAUUCUCCAAAUUUAUCAGUUGAAGAAGUACCUCAUUAAGAUGAAUAUGAUGAAUAAAGUGAAAAAGAAGAGGAAUAGAUUGUAGAAGAGAUUUAAUAAUAAAUAGAUGAAAAUGGAAAUACAAUUAAUGUGAUUACAAAAAGAACUAUUAAAUAAGUGACUGAAAGAUCAAAGAAAUCAGAUCCAAAACAAACUGAAAGAUCAAAGAAAUCAAAAUAAUAAUCUGAUUCAUAAUCAUAAUAACUUUAAAUUAAUAAAUAAAAUCCAAGAGAAAAAACUUAAUAAUCUUAAUAUAAAGAAUAAGAAUAAAAUUAGGAUUAAUAGUAAUAAAAUUAAGAAUAAAAUAUUAUUUAAUAAUAAUAAUAAUCUAUUUAAAAAUAAAUAUCAAAUUAAUAAUAAUAAUAAAAUUAAUAAGACUAAAUAAAUAAUAAUAAUAAUGAAGAUAAAUUAAUUAAAUUAAAUUUUCAACGUUAAGAUAGUAAUUAAAAUAUUGCUGAAAAUUCUUAAUCAUAAUAAUAAAUUUAUUAAUAAUAAUUAAGAAAUAGAACAAAUUUAUAAGAUAUAUAAUUAAAGAGUUUUUAACCUUCUUAAAAUUAAUCAUUAGUUAAUAGUAGUGGAACUCCUUAAUAAAAUAAUACUCCUCUUUAACCUCCUGGAAGAAAACAAGGAAGUAAGAAAACUAAGUUUGAAGAUUAAAGUAGCAAUAAUAAUAAUAGUAAUACACCUUAAGCAAAAUUUUAAAGAGUAAAGACAAAACUAUCAAGAUUUUAGGAAGCAGCUAAUAAUAAUGAUGAUGAUGAUUAUGAUUAUGAUUGGGAUGAUGAGGAUCCUAGUAAUAAAAAGAAGAAAAAUACUUCAAAAUCAAGUAAAUCCACUUUAAGAAAUGAUAUUCAAUCACCAUCUGUUUCUCCAAUGACAAAAUAAUAAAAUUAAGCUACAAUAGCAAAAAAGAAAGUUUAUGAUUUAAAAUAAGAAUAUGAAUUAAUAGCAAGAUAAAAUUUAAGUUUAGCAGAUCUAAAAAAAGAUAUAUAGAAAAAGAUUUCACAAUUAUAAAAUCCAGAUGAUGAGGCUAAAUAUAAUAUUUAUUUAUGUAAAUUUAUUUGAUUAAAAUUUUAGAUGAAUAACGUUAAAAGUAAUUAAAAAAUUUACCUUAAACAAUUGAAGGAUUAAUUAAUGAUAAAAGGGAAAAUGAAGAUGCAUGUGGUGAUACUAUAAGAAAAUUUCAUGAAAAUAGAAUGAGAUAUAAAGAUGUAAUAGAAAAGGAUUAGGCACUUAAGUUUACUAAUCAAAUAUAAUUAGAUGAUGAAUAGUAAACUUAAAUAAAUACUCAAUCUCAUCUUGAUGAAUAUAUGAGAGAAGUAUAAAUGAAUAUAUAAAGAAUGAUUUAAUAAGUUUAAUUAGGUAAUCAAUAAAAUAAAUUUUAUUAGAAUAAAUGAGAGAUCAUCCAGAAGAAAGAAGAGAAUGUUUUGAUUAUGAUACGAGUAUUAUUAUAUAAAGGAAAAUGGAAUCAUUGACAAGUGAGAUUGUAUAAACACAAGCAUAAAUGAAAAUAUAUGAAGAACCUACUUAAGAGACUUAGAGGAAAACAGAAAAAUUAGAAUAAGAUACUGUAAUGUCAAAUUAGAUUGAUAAAAAAUUUGAAGUUUUAGCAUAAAAAUUAAGAGCUUUAAAAUUCAAGAAUCCAGAUAAAUUUAAUUAAAUUGUAAAUACAGAGAUUGUAAAAACAGAUUUAUUUUUAUCAACUACAAAACAUAAAUAUAUAUUAGAAUGA